UGAAAACCCAUCAGCUCGCCUUUACCAUAUUACCUCUUCUUCCAUUAUAUAAACGAACCUUCCUUGACACUUUCUCAACUCAUCCAACACCUCCAAAAUAACAACUCCCCAUUCUCUUACUCCAACUACAAAACCUUCCCAAAAUAAAUGGCAAUAACCGGGAGAUUAACAAAAAUCAAGUCCGCUCUGAAGAAAUGGCAGUCAUUCGGAAAGCUAGGCCGCUCCAACAGCUCAAUAGCAGCAUCAAGCACUUCAUUUUCGGACGAAGAUUUAUCUUCUGAUCAAAUGUCUAGCCAAGAUAACUUUCCGGUUUAUGUAGGAAAAUCGCGGCGAGAAUAUCUUGUCAGCUCUGAAAUUUUGGAGCAUCCGGUCUUUUGUGAACUCGUUGAAAAGUCCGGUGAUGAAGAUGGCAACAUUGUCGUAUCAUGUGAAGUUGUUCUGUUCGAACAUUUAUUGUGGAUGCUCAAAAAUGCUGAUCCUCAACCAGAAUCAUUAGAUGAACUUGUUGAGUUUUAUGCAUACUGAGUUGAAAUCUACAUUUAAUUUAACAUCCCCUCCUUUUCAAUAUAUAGAAGAAGAGAAUAAUACUACAUAAAACAGCCUAUAAAGAUCGAGAUGUUGCAAAGUAUUGAACUGGAGCAUUGUUGUGCAAGGAAACAUCGGAGUUUUCUUAAAAGACUUGUACUGAGUAAUCAUGCAAGGCGUAUUUUUGCAAAGUGUUGAACUGGAGCAGUGAAAUAACACAUCUGAACUCGAAAAUUGCUAAUAUCAAGUUCUCAACAGGCGAUAACAGCUAUCCCACUCUGUACAUUUUUCAAAGUCACUACAAGAACACUGUUCUGCGCACAUUUAGAAUAGUCUUGACUCAAGUCAUAUUCUUCAUCAAGGAAAUCCUCGGAACCACUGGGAAAUUCACAAGUAAAAUCUUGUUUCAGUGAUCCAGAUUUCGUGAUGUCUGGUAUGUCCCAGACAGGACCAUUGUAAUACUGAUUCAUGAAUUGGAAUUUGUUGUUUUCAUUUUUUAAACUGGAAAUUGAGAA